GAAUCUGAGUGUGAAUUUGAACAUUGGGGAGGGAGUAGGUGAGGCGAAGUAUAAGCACUGUGCUCUUCCUGUUUCCUAUGUUUUCCUGUAAUGUGCAAAGUAGAGUGUGGAGCACUAUAUCUCGCUUUUCCACUCUCCAGCAGAGAGAUGGGCAAACUGCCCCUGCAUCAGAUGCAUGCACACCUUAAUGGAGACACAAGUGCUCUAUCAUGGAUAAUAUGGGAAGCAUGUGGCGGGGGGGGGGAGGAAGCAUUUAUGUGUGCUGUCCCCCUUUCUUGCUAUAGUUUUCAAAGCCAAAGGCACUCUGAAUAAUCUCUAGCAUGGUGAUUAGUAGAUACAUUGGAUUUCUGCAUGGAAUUGGAGUAUAAAUCUUCCUCCUGCUUUUCAAAUGGACAGUCCUUGGGAAAAACCCUGCAGUUCAUGAGUAGCAAGGAGUAGUGGAAGGACAAAGAUUUCCCCACAGUUGAGGAUGUAGCAUGCCGACCCUUGCAAUGUUCUGUGAAGAGGUUGCAUCAUGCAGUGUUGGUAGAAUAGACAAGGAAACUGAAGGCAAGGAAAGUCCUGUCUCACAACUUGUGCACCCUGCUGAAUGUUCCACAUGACCCGGUGGCCCUAGAGGAACACUUUAGAGAUGAUGAUGAAGGACCUGUUUCCAACCAGGGUUAUAUGCCUUAUUUGAACAGAUUUAUUUUGGAAAAGGUUCAAGGAAACUUUGACAAAGUUGAAUUCAAUAAAAUGUGUUGGACUUUAUGUGCCAAAAAGAAUCUCAAGAAGAGUACUUUAUUCCUUUCUGAAGAUGAUGCUUUUAAAGUGUGGGUCAUCUUCAAUUUUCUAUCCGAGGACAAAUAUCCACUAGUUAUUGUACCAGAAGAGAUUGAAUACUUGCUUAAGAAGCUGACAGAAGCCAUGGGAUUAGGCUGGCAUCAAGAACAAUUUGAACAUUACAAGAUUGGUUUGGAUGCCGGUUGGGAAGGCCUUUCUGCCUGGGACUUGAUUUUGCUCAUUGGAAGUGGACAGUUUAGCAAAGGGAUGGACAGACAAACAGUAUCUAUGGCGGUUAAUGAAGUCUUCAAUGAGCUCAUAUUAGAUGUGUUGAAACAGGGUUAUAUGUGGAAAAAAGGCCACAAAAGGAAAAACUGGACAGAACGUUGGUUUGUGUUAAAACCCAAUAUUAUAUCAUACUACGUGAGUGAAGAUUUAAAAGACAAAAGAGGAGACAUUGCACUGGAUGCCAACUGUAGUGUAGAGGCUUUGCCUGACAAAGAUGGGAAAAAGUGUCUGUUUCUUAUAAAAAGCUUAGAAAAAUGUUUUGAGAUCAGUGCCUCUGAUAAAAAGAAGAAGCAGGAGUGGAUUCACGCUAUUCAGACAACUGUAAAUCUGCUGAGAUUAGGUAACCCGCCACUUCACAAGGAGGCACGCCAGAAGCGUAAAGAAUUACGUCAGAAGCUACAGGCUGAACAAGAGGAACUGGAGAGGCAAAUGAAAGAGCUCCAGGUGGCAAAUGAGAACAAGCAGAAAGAACUGGAGACUGUCCGAAUGCAACUUGAAGAAGCAGCAGCCCGAGCUUCUGAAGAGGAGAAAAAGCGUCUGCAGACUCAAAUGGAAUUACAAGAUCGAUUCAGUCUUGAGCUGGAGAGAGAAAAAAUGGUUAGACAGAAAAUGGAAGAGCAAGUUGCCCAGAAAUCCUCUGAGCUAGAACAGUAUUUUCAGAGAGUACAGGAACUUGAGGAAAUGUAUAAGCAGCUGCAGGAAGCCUUGGAAGAUGAGAAACAGGCACGUCAAGAUGAGGAGACUGUCAGGAGACUUCAGGGCAGGCUGCUGGAAGAAGAGUCAACCAAGAGAGCAGAGCUAGAGAAAUGGCACUUGGAGCAGCAACAGACCAUUCAGAUGACAGAAGCAGAGAAGCAGGAGUUGGAAAACCAGAGAAUAAUAAAGGAACGCGCUCUUCAAGUUGCUAUGCAACAGUUAGAACAACUGGAACUGGAGAGGAAGCAAGCACUUGAACAAUACCAGGAGGUGAAAAAGAAGUUGGAAGUAGCAGCAAGCAAUACUAAGAGUUGGAAAGAUAAAGUGGCUCAGCACGAGGGGUUAAUUCGAUUAAUUGAACCAGGUUCCAAGAACCCUCACUUGAUCACAAAUUGGGGACCAGCAGCCUUCACAGAAGCUGAACUUGAGCAAAGAGAGAAGAGCUGGAAGGGGAAAAGGACCACUUCUGAGCAAUGAGCAUGUCUGCAGUUCUCUCUGUGUGGGGUGGGGGUGGGGGUGGGGGAGAGCAAUCUAGUUGUUAAGUAAAUGAAUCUAAACCAGUUUAUUGCUUAAAGUGAGAGUUAGUUCAUCAGCAAGUUGAAUGUGACUAAAAUGAUAAGCUGUCGACUAAACAUUCAUUUUUAAUGGAUCCUCAUUCUCUUACAUAUAGGGAGUCUAAAUUAUGGCAGAAGUGGGGGUGUAUGCAUGUGGAAGAAAGCUAGAGGUCUACAAACUCUCUUUGGAAUGAAUUAUGCAAAACAAGAAAAUGCAAGUGUUUCAAUUUUGCAACUUAGAUUUGGAACUGGGUAAGCAAGCCACCUAAUGGUGCAUUAGGGAAAUGCUUGACUAACAAGCAGAAGGUUGCUGGUUCAAAUCCCCACUGGUACUUUAUCGGGCAGCAGCAAUUUAGGAAGAUGCUGAAAGGCAUAAUUUCAUACUGCAUGGGAGGAGGCAAUGGUAAACACCUCCUGUAUUCUACCAAAAGAAAACCACAGGUCUCUGUGGGCGUCAAGAGUCAAAAUCGACUUGACAGCACACUUUACCUUUAAGAUGAGGAGUGGAGCACAAAGGGACAUUAUGGAUCUUUUUAUAUAGGCAAUUAUUUGAAUCUAAGUUUAAUGUGGGUUACUGACAUUAGCAUGAUUCUGUGAACCCAAACCAAGGUGGUUUACGGCCCGAGAUGAAUCUGAGAUUCCCACUUUGGCAUGGGUUCAAGGUUAAAAAUAUAUUCAUGAAAUAUAUAGAAUAAAUAUAAUAUACAGCUUUCAUGGAAAAAUAAAUUAUACUAUGUUGAAUAAGAACCAGAAUGUGUAGCACCUAACAACGUUUUUGAAUUCUUCAUCAGUAUGAGUGACAUACAUAGAGAAAAAUUCAGUCAAGUCUCAAGAGAACAGAAGACAGUAACCUUAAAGGUUAUAUUAUAACUACAUAAUAUAAUCCUCUCUAAUAAAAGCCUUGGUGUCCGUCCGUGGACACCAAGGCGUGUGUCCGUGCCUCCCUUGGCCGUUUUUGGCAUGCGCAGAGCGCAUGCCCAGUACGGCCGAGGCAGAAACGGACACAGGGACCAGGCAGCCAUCUUGGUUGCUUUGCCCGGCUGCGGAAAGGCCAGAAGCGGCCGCCGCGAAGCCAGGGAAGAGACGGCGGGGGAAAUUGACCGAAGCAGCGGCAGAGCUGCCGCCUCGGCCAGAGGAGAGAGGCCAGAAGGGAGAGACGGAGACCGGCCCGGGGAGACGGAGGCCGGCACGGAGGCGACCGCAAAGGGCCCGGCCGGGCAGCGGAGGCCAGCAGCGGCCCGUCCGGAGACCGCCCGGCCGGUGACUGGGUCUCUGGAGAAAGGGCAGGGAGGGAGGGAAAGAUGGAGGAGGGAGCCCGCCGGGUGGGCGGGAAAGGAAGGCGAGCGGCGGAACUCUCCCCUACUAGCGCCCGUUAUUUAAACGGGCUUGAAAACACUUGUGUAAUAUAAAAGAUGAACAUCCCCAUAAAAUAAUUUGUAUCUUAAGAGCAAUCACCUUCAUUUACAACAAUAGAGACAGAAACAGGUCUUGCAUAAAGGUGGCCCUAAUAAUUUCAGCAACUGUAGAGCUAAGAUAAACCCCUAAUAUAAUUCAUAAAUCUUUCCUCCAUAAAUACCAAAAAGCAAAACAAAAAAAUUUACAAUUUAGUGAAAACAAAAAACAGCUCUCAAACUUACAAACAGAAGGUCUGAAAAUCAGUUACAACAGCUGUGUUUAAAUAGAUCAAGUGAUGGUUUUUCUUAAGGCAACUUUACAUAGACUAAGUACUGGUUUACAGCCCAAGAGAAAUCUGAGAUUCCCACAAUCAUAUUAAUGUCAGGAAACCACAUUAAACCUAGAUUCUAGCUAUUGUGUGAAUUAGGCCACAAUAUUAUUCUUGACCAACUGUAAACUUGGACUGUUUAUCACAUGUUUGAGGCAGUGAAAGAUUAUGUAAACAGUAGAGUGGUUAUCCUAUCUAGUCUGUAGAGUUCACAGUCCGAUGGAGAAACACAGGAGCCUAUGAAUGAUUCCAGAUAGCCAUUAAGACUGUGUUGAAAUGCCCUGGAAUUCCCAGUUCAUAUAGACUGAGAACCUCGGGAACAGCCUAAAAUCUGAAGUCAAAACUUCUGUCUUCACUGGUGUGAGUGAAUGUGGUUAGAGAAAAAGUAAAGAAAUGGUGAACUUUACAGGGAUUUAUUUAUCCCUUGACUGCACUAAAGCGGGACUUGGUCUGAUUUCUAAACGGUACCUACCUACGGGUGGCAGAGAACUUCGGUUAUCUGUAAUUUUGAGGAGUACAUAUUACCUCUUCAUUGGGGAACUUAAAAUUGUGCUACGAAUACUUAAAUCGGGCUUUCUAGAAAUAGAAAAUAACUUUUGUCAGAAUUCUGGCAGUGUGUACUUCUGAACUUUUCACUUAAAACACUUUCAAAUAAUUGGUUUUGAGACAUUAUUACAUAUCUCAUGGGAGAAGAAUGUGUUCAGUAUUCCUGCUGUAUGGUUUUUCUUGUAAAUUAAAAUUUUUUAAUUAUUGCUGAUUAGGCCAGUGGUGGGACAGGAUUCCCCCCCCCUUUUUUUAAGUGAAGGGAGUAUUUGAGGUUUUAUGCCUCAAGCAAACACCAUGAUAGUGUGCUAAAGUUUUCAAAUCAAGCAUUUUGCCUCAAACGAAUGUCUUUUUUAAAAAAGCAAAUCUGCUCUCUUUGUAAAUAUAUGCCUGCUUUUAUGCAAAUCUAUUGUCUAUUAUUUCAGACUCUUGGUACCCAAGGAACAGUUUUUUAAUAGAUUAAAAUUGGAACCAUGCUUCUCUCUGAACUCAGUCUGCCUCUGCUCCCAAAACAACACAGGCACAUACAUCAUCCUGUGCAGCUUCAGGAUAGUACAGAUGAUAUUGCCUCCCAGUUUUUACCCAGUGGGCAGAAAGGGCAGAAUAAGUGCCUGAGGUGGGGUGCCAAAUGAUGUCCCCUUCCCCCUGCAUCUGCAUCCUUGCCUGCUGCUGCUCGGAGGCAGGAGAAAGAGCUGUUCCUCCAUUGCAUGCUGGAUUUGAAAAAGAGGAGAGUAUGAGUGGAAGAGGAAAUGGAGAGGAGAAUUGCAGGCCAGUGUGUCCUUCUAGAUCAACGCUCUCCUCUCCGUCAUAUUUUCAUGUUCAAUCUGUGCCCCCUCCUUUUCACAGCCAACACACCCAGGUGGCAUUUUGUUCUGUUACUUACUGGUGGCAGUGCGGGAGGGAGAUGAGGAAACAGGCAGCAGUGCUGGCAAGAGCAAUGGCAGCUAGUGUGCUCCUGCCCUUGAUAAUCUGCCACCUCAGAUGACUGCUUAAGUUUGCUUUAACAUGAGGCUGGCUUGGUGGAUGAGACGUUCUGAGCAGUGGUGAUGCUUCAGGUAUUUCUCUCCCCUUGCUGUAGCAUGGGCUGUGUCAUGGUGCUGACACAGAUUCCCUUUCCCUUUCCUUUGGAAUGAUGUCACUGUUCAUAAUAUAUAUAUGACUGUUUUUUCUGGAGGGCCAGGAAUCAGUGCUGCAUGGGACCUCCUCAUUCUGGGACACAGUGGUAAAUGCAUCUAACAUGGCAGCUUUUCAGCCCCUCUCAGAGCACAUAGUUUGGAAUUCACUGCUGUAGACAGCUGGACUACUUUCCUUUAAAUAAAACAUAAAACAAGACUGUCUAAUUCUGAAUGUCUAAGCCAACCAGAUGCAUUCUGGUGUACAGCUACCUUUUCAUUUUCUUGCUGACCAACUGCUUCUUUAUUAACAAACUUGUACAGUUUCCUAUUACAAUCUGACUAGUAUUGCAGCUAAUACUUGCUAAAUUAUUUUGCAAGUAUGAAAAAUUAACCUUUUAGAUACUUAGAAUAUAGAAUAUUAUUACUGAAUUCCCUAUGCCUUAAUAUUACACCAACAAAACUUUACAACCUCAGAGUUGGUCAAUUCCGGAAACCAUAGGUGGAACCAAGCAGGUGCUGCUACUUGUCUCCUUCCUUCCAUUCAUUUCACUAGAGUGACUACAAAAAUAUCAUGCAAGCAGCUUUGAAUGAAUGGAGGAUGUGCCACAGCAAUGUUGGUUGAACAAUAUCUUGGCCUCUUCAAAUAAGAAGCAAACAAAAAUAGAAGAUCAAAAAUAGAAAAAAUAGUUCUGUGUGAUUAACUCAUUUUUUUUGCUAAUUGAAAAGGUUUUUAAAUGUUUCAACAGAUGUUUAUAUGCAUGGAUAUUAAUGACAUUCAGUUUCUCAGAUGUGUAGUUACUGUACAUAAUCACUGUUUCUGUUGCUGAUAUGUUCACAUUUGUAACUUGAGUUGUUACUUGUUACCAAUACUAGCAAUAAUUAUACUUUGACAACAUCUAAUGAGGGACAAGUUCAGAUUGUAUUUAUAAUGUUCAAAUACACCGUUUUCAGUUUGUAGUGUUAAGUUGUACUGGUUAAGCUAGUUUAAUAUUUUUCCUGACUACUGUAGCAUAUUGGACCAUUGUAAGGAAAUGUCAGUGAUGCCUGUUUUCAUAUGCUUUAUUAUCUAUUAAAAUACAAGAGAGCUUCUGUUCUUA